CAGGUGUUGUACAUUUGCAGUAAUUUGGUAAAUGUUCGGUCUUGCUAAAUUCCGUUCUGCAAUGAACUUCAUGGAUUAUACAGGAGUUCAAAACAUAUACAUGCUCUUUGUUCACUUGAUUCAGGCCUCAUUGUUUUACAUGUAAACUUGCAACUAGGAUAUCAAUUUUGAUAUUUUAAAUCUUAUGUAAAUUACUUGCGUAUAUGUGCCACAGCUAGCAUGCCAUGUCAACAUAUGAAAUGUGUGGUGGUAUUCGUGUACAGAGUAUUUAAGGACUAGAUGGUCAGUGUUUGUAGUGUGGCAUUUGUAAACAGAUUUACACUGUAAAGCUUAUCUCGGAGAGAAGACUAGGGGACAGGUUUAGGUUGCUAAGAACAUGUGCAUGUUGUGUGCACAAGCUCUUAUAAUGGCUGAAGAUAGGGUGAAACCUUUUAGGUAUAUAUACAGAGCUGGCACGGCCAGAGAGGGCUAUAGCUCUCACAGUCCCCAGUAUGAAUGGGAGUCGCUAACCCCCACUACAUACAAUGCAGAGCCUAUGCGUGAGUUAGACCAAUGUAGCAAGGCAGGGUCACGCAUGGACGACCUCAAAUCAAGUGUGCACAUUUUCCCAACUUACAUAGCAUUACAUUGUCAGGCAGGAGGGGCCCACAGAAGGAAAAUUUAAAAAAAAAAUUAAAAAAAUGCCGUUGUUUUUGUAAUGACUUGCUUCAGUGAUAUAAAUUUACAUAUGGUGAAGAAAUCUAAAAGAAUUUUAUAUCAAAGCCAUGUUCUUUUUCAAGAAAAUUGUAAGAUAACAAUAUUUAUGCUUUACAGAUGUGAUUGCAGUGGCGAUAGCUAUUUUUUUUAUUAAUGGUGAAUUAUACUGGCCCUGCGUAACCUGAAACUCGGGGGGAUGAGGGGUCGUGGAUUUGAAGGGGUCGAGGGGAUGAAGGGUCGGUCAUAGUGAUGUAAAUGUUUAGCCAGGUAAUAUUAGCGUACAAGCGUGACCUUUGUAAGACCUGGCCAUGCAGCUAUAGGGACCCAUCGUCAUGGAGGAAUGAGCACCCAGCUUUUUCGGACACACGUUAGGCAGUAAAGGCUACAGUGACAGCGUUUGAGCCAGAAACCAAAGGUAGCCAGAAAAACGAUCGCUGAGAGUACAUCCAGGCGAGAGCAGACGGCAGUGAGACCUCAAUUCAAUAUCUGGAGCCUUGCACAGGGAACGUGGUCAACGGUUUAUACAACAAACUGGCGACCUUAUGUUUUAACAGGGGCUAACUGCGGUUUACAUAUCAGAACAAAAGACGGACAAGUUGUUUUUUUCAUUCUCCAGUGAUUUUCACUCCACAGGAUGUAACGGCAUGAUAAAUGGACAUUGACGAGUGUGUCGCGCAACAGGGCUAGAUUGGUGUCAGUUUCUUGUACGACCAACGCCCCCUGGUGUGGUACAGGGGUGUGUGCCCACAACAUGACAUUAUGUGUGUGAUAAGCUGUAGAGCCAGCAGACCGUAGCAUCUCCCGAGCCCCAGAAUUCAGUGAACUGUGGUGCUCACGUAGUAACAGCCACAGGAACGAGAAAGGACAGACUCCAGAAUACACUCGUCUCUGGAGUGACAAUUCCUCUGGUCAGCACCUAAUAAUCUACCUCAAGAAUAUCUUUGUAAAAAUUUAGCAAACAUAUUUCUUAUAUAUGCACAUAUUAAUUAUUAUCUAUAUAUUUAUACAUUGUUACAAGAAAAAUUCCUUUUCAAAAGUUUAAGAGGAAAAAUUACUGUUGAAGUGUUACAUAUUAAACAAACAAAAAUUCCAAAAUAUUUAGGGAAAGUAUUUAUUGGAAUUUUACAAAUUCAUCAGACUUGACCUCGGGUAGCUGUAUAUUUGUGUAUAUGCCUAAAAACACUGGUCUUUGGGUCUGUGACUUGAGAGAACGGAGAGCCCUCCUGUGUGUGACAAGCAUAAUACUAUUUACCUGUGCUGUAGUAGUAGCUCACACUUAAAUCAAUCUUCAUUCAUGGGUGUAAAAUCGGUGUGCUGGCGUGUAUAUAUGCAAGUACUUAAGAAGUCACUGAAGCAUUUGAGCCCUGGGGCAGGCCUCUUACAUGAAGAACUGAUUUAAAAAAAAUUGAAAUCUUGUGUUUAGGAACGAGAAGGACAACAAAAGACAGAAGAAAACAGGAUUAUCCUCAUUGUAGACCUAAAGGGGGGGUGUUCAUCCUCUGUGCAGGUCAAGGGAUCAAUGUAUCGUGGUUGACUUGGAAUUUCUUGGAGAUGGUAAUCUCUUUCAGCGUAAAAUCAUUGUACCACGAGAGUACUGUGAAGUGUGUGUACAUUACGGUACAGCGAUUACACGUGAGGGUUGGGACUUCUUGUGUUACACUGGGCACCUCGCUAACCAAGGCAACACAACAUUACAUGGCCAGGGAGAUUCACCUGUUGCCCAAACUGCCACCCUUGGUCUCCUCUCACCUGGCCUCCGUCGCUCACCUGGCCAGAACUUACCUGGACAUUUAGGAUUUAUCUGUGCUACCUAUGGUCAUCAUCGCCGUCACUGGGGACACUAGACAAUAAUUACUGCUUUGGUCAUGAGGGUGUUGGUCAAGGGCUGGACGUCUCUCCUAGGGCGUGGUACACUGGCCAGGAGUGACCGGUCAGCUUGGACAUGCUGUCACCUGGUCAGUCUUCCUUAUAUUGAUGGUAUGGACUACAGGUAGAAAGAAUCCCAAAGAAUGUGACACAGGAACAGAUGAUGUUAAAACACAGUGAAGGCAUUUAUACAUUAUCAGGGAAAUAGUCUCAAUGACAUUAUAUUAAAUAUGGAUUUAUCUGUUAAACCUGAUGGCUCUACACUGCAUACUCAGGGAUAUCCGCAAGGGAGGAGGAAGAUGUCACUAAACUACACAGCUCAGGGUGAGGGGGAAGCCAGAUCGGGUGGUAGCCCCCCAUUUAAUAGUUCAAAUGACACCUUCCCUUAUGGGCUUAGCGGCGUUAGUAUGCCGAAUUACGGGUAUCCAGGUGACCUCUAUCAAUUCACAUCAAACGGCUACCCGCGUAAGUCUAGGACAUGUUGUUACUGCGGGAAGGUGUUCACACGAUCGACGACACGACGUUACCAUGAAAAACGUUGUCCAUUGUUACGUGCAGCUGUCUGUGGCAUUAUGCCCGACAACGGUAAAAGACAAAUUGGCCCAGGGACUGGCGUUCCCCCCGGGCAUAGUGGACACGGAGUAGAUAAGCCAUCGGCUACCUCAAUGACGGGUGUGGGUCACCCGUCUGCCCCCCACUUACCUACCUCACAUCUGGCUUCGCAUCCUUCCAUGGUGUUGAAGCGGGAACAAAACGGACUUGGAUAUCACACCAGCGUUAUAGUCAAACAGGAGAACCAGGAUGUCAACGGUGCAACAAGACACAUGUCAGGGCAUCGAUUGGGCACUGAUGGGUCACAUGAUCUAGAUACGAACAUGACAAGACUCACGCCCGAUUCCAAUGGGUCCUCCCCACGCCCUUCAAAGCUCGGGGAUAUGUCUGGAUUCUCAUUAUCGCCCUAUCAAGGACACAGUGGUUUAUCCUUUUCCAAAUCACCUUCACAAGGAUCAACAAAGGGUGACAUUAAUUCGCUGGUGCAAGACGAGGGUGAGAAAGAGGAGGAUAUGAAGGACGACAUAGAAAAUGGAUCCGAUUUGGACAUUCCUGAUUCAGAGACAUUUCAGGAACGCAUGAAAGACGAUGAAGCACGAGCUAACGAUUUAAACUUUACCUCACCAGGGCGAGGUGACGCCUUGCUUUUAGAUGGAACUACCUCAAAUAACUUGGGCGAUCUGACCGGGACGCUCAGCGAUGACGACAAGAACUCAAAUGACAAAUCAAAGUGUUACUUCGAAGGCGAAACUGUAUGCGGGGUAUGUGGUAAAAGCUUUGAGUCAUCCUGGCAGCUGCAUGUUCAUGAACAGAUUCACAAGAAAUUCAAACCGUACGCAUGUCGCUUCUGCAACCAGCGGUUCUCAAAGGCAGCACUGCGCAUAGCGCAUGAACGCGAACACAUCACAGAAGACUGUAACUGCGUCAUCUGUGGUAGUACGUUCAACGAGAAGGAGGGUUUACGACAACACAUGAUUAAUCGCCAUAGAGAUGGACCAUGGCUAUGCCGCUACUGUGGUAAGCCAGAGGUGUCCAAUCAGGAGAUGGUAGAUCACCUCCAAUCACAUGACCUGCCCAAGGAGGAGUUGCUAUCACUACAAUACUUUGUAGCCGCACCCCUUGACAACGCAAACAACAACGACAGCGACAAUAAUCUCAAUGACUCGGAGCUUAACGAAGUGGAUAAUAUCAAUGACUCGGAGCUGGUAUCAAUGUCCGAUUCAAAUGACAACAUGACAUCGCCUGAUCAAGAAUCACCCGGGGAUAACCUCGCUACAGUAGAACAGGAAAUUAUGUCGUCAGCGGAACUGAUGACGACAGCAGACUUGAUGUCAUCACAGGAUAUGAUGUCACAAGAGAAGGAAAUGUGUACUAUAUGUGGGAGGGAUUAUCCCAAGAGUCAUAUGGCCUAUCACAUGAAGGCGCACGAGGGUCACAAACCAUAUGAAUGCCCUAUAUGCGGUAAGCGAUUCGGGUACAAAAACAACAUGAAGUCACAUAUCAAGUUACAUGCUGGUAUCAAACCAUAUCAGUGCAAUGUAUGCGGAGCCAAGUUCACUCGAGGCUCCACGUUACGGCGCCAUGCACGACGCCAUGGAAUUUCUGCGGAGAGCGUGUGGGACCUGUUUGUGAGGAACAGCAGUUCGUCCCAGACCCCCGGCCAGAUGCACACCCCACGCAAAACGGUGGCCGACACGAGCCACCUGGAUUCCUCACCAACGACUCUCACCACCUCCAAGGACUUGCUCACAGCUAACGGAUCCUACGGCAAUCUCUUCAACACUUCUACCUCAGCUGCGAUGUCCAAUGCCCUGCUGAUGAGCUACCACAAUCACCAGGCGGCUGUUGCAGCCACUCUGCCCUCGUUCUUCUCCCCACUCCAGUCUACCUCAGAAGUGCCCCCGCCGGCUUUACAAGGCUUCUCGACUAGUCAAACACCGCAGUCGGAUGCACUCAACCUCUCUACUCACAAAUCCACAAGCCAAGGACAUCUUGUAGGCCUCCAUCAUCGCAGUCUCGUAGAAUCUAUCUCCCCUACCUCAGUGGAACGUUCCAGAUCCAGAUCGCUCAGUGGCUCUGAUAUUUCAAGGCCCACACCUAUAUCUGCUCCAGGUCUGGCAACGAAAAAUGGAACUGAAAUUGGAAUUCAGGUCAAGAUGUGUUGUAAGAUGGGCCUAGAGCAGACCUAUAGCGGUGCUCAAAGCCCCAGCGAGGCGAGUGUUCACUCAGGUGACAGCGGUGCUUUGUACCAGGCUCAGUCUUCAUCUGCAGGACUGGAGAGCUCCACCGACUCCAUAGCGACACUGAUGGGGUCUGGCCGCCUCUUCAAGUGUGAACAUUGUGAAUGCUACUUCUCCGAGUAUGCCAUGUACCGUAUCCACACUAAGAUUCACUCGGGUGGGCGGACAAUGCCGUUUGUCUGUCCCGUUUGUGACGAGGACUGUCAUGACCGCGUCUACUUCUCGCUACACAUCUCGGAGCAUUUACGAUGACUAAGGCACGUUAUAGAAAUGAAUUGGUGAGCCGGAGGGCUGAGUAAACAAGCCGAGAGCAGAAGGGUUUAUCCUUUUGCUACAAGCUUUAUUCAAUGCACGCUAACUACAGCAUCGAGAACGGGUAGAAAAAACGUUGAGGUGGAAAAAUGAAUGAUUUUUCAUUGUUGAUAUUACAUAGAGAUACUUGUUUUAACACAUUAAGGAUAUGAAUCGAAAUGUUUGUUUAUAUAACAAAUUAUGUGUAUGUAUAUAUAGU